CACUCACCAAAAUCAUCAGCACACAAAACUAUUUACAAGCUUUUCAAGUUUUAACCAAUCCCAAACAAAUGGCCGGAGAAGGAGAAGUGAUCGCUUGCCACACUAUCGAAGUCUGGAACGAGCAGCUCAAAGCCGCCAACGAAUCCAAGAAACUGAUCGUGAUAGACUUCACCGCCGUUUGGUGCCCACCUUGUCGUUUCAUUGCACCAGUCUUCGUAGACAUGGCCAAGGAGUUCCUCAACGUUGUCUUCUUCAAGAUCGAUGUCGACGAAUUGCAAUCCGUUGCUAAAGAAUUCAAAGUCCAGGCAAUGCCCACUUUUGUCUUCAUGAGGGAAGGCGAAAUCGUCGACCGUGUUGUCGGAGCAAGGAAGGAGGAUAUCCAUCAGACGUUGAAGAAGCACGGUGGUGUUGUUUCUGCUUAA